CUCUGGUUAAGUCCCUCUGGCUCAGACAAGGAGAGAAACACAGACACAGAGAGAGAGAGAGAGAGAGAGAGAGGGUGGAUGUGGUGCAUGCAAGCGAUUCGUAGCUGAAGAGAGUGUUGGCUGAGGAGAGAGGAAGAAAGUUGAGAAAGAGAGGGAGAGACUGACGGUUGAAUCGGAGGAAUUGGUUGUGAAUUGAGAGAACUUGGCUUUGAGGUUUGAAGCUAGGUUUUUGAUUGAGCUGAAAGAGAUAGGAAGCUUAAAGAGAUUGAUGUGAUCGAAAGAACUUGUGGUGUUUGGUGUAGAAAAGCGUUGGUUUGGGGUUGUUUAUGUGGAGAGAGUAGAAAGCAGAGAGAUAAGGUGGAGCCGAAGAAUCUGUGUGUUGAUUGAGGAAUUGGGGUUGUAACGAUUGGGUUUUCGAUUCUGCGAGAGCUGAGAAUUCUUCAGAUGAGAGAUCUGUGCUGAGGGAGCACAGGGAAAUGGCGUCUUCGGAGGUAUCGGUGAAAGGAAAUUCAGGUCAUAGCGACCACAGCGAUGUUAGAAACAGCACGGAAGGGAAAAAAGGUCAUUCCACAUUUUCCGGUACCAGCAAAGAUGCGGAGACCGCGCUUUACAAGGAGCUCUGGCAUGCUUGUGCGGGUCCUCUGGUAACCGUACCUCGUGAAAACGAGCGCGUCUUCUAUUUUCCUCAGGGCCAUAUCGAGCAGGUGGAGGCGUCUACUAAUCAAGUGGCGGAACAGCAGAUGCCUAUGUAUGAACUUCCCUCUAAGAUCCUGUGCCGGGUCAUUAAUGUGCAACUGAAGGCUGAAGCAGACACUGAUGAGGUCUUUGCACAAGUAACUUUGAUUCCGGAGGCAAAUCAAGAUGAGAAUGCAGUGGAGAAGGAACCUCCUCCACCUCCACCGCCACGAUUUCAUGUGCACUCGUUUUGUAAGACACUGACGGCCUCUGAUACGAGCACUCAUGGUGGAUUUUCGGUGUUGAGACGGCAUGCAGACGAAUGUCUCCCGCCACUGGACAUGUCAAGGCAGCCCCCAACCCAGGAGUUGGCUGCCAAGGACUUGCAUGGAAGUGAGUGGCGGUUCCGCCAUAUCUUCCGUGGUCAACCGCGAAGGCACUUACUUCAAAGUGGUUGGAGUGUGUUUGUUAGCUCCAAAAGGCUUGUUGCCGGGGAUGCAUUUAUUUUUCUGAGGGGUGAGAAUGGGGAACUUCGUGUUGGUGUUAGACGUGCUAUGAGACAGCAGAGUAAUGUUCCAUCGUCAGUCAUAUCCAGUCACAGCAUGCAUCUUGGUGUCCUUGCCACAGCGUGGCAUGCCAUCUUGACCAAAACCAUGUUCACUGUUUACUACAAGCCCAGGACAAGCCCUGCUGAGUUUAUUGUUCCCUACGACCAGUAUAUGGAGUCUAUGAAGAAUAACCACUCCAUAGGAAUGAGGUUUAAAAUGAAAUUUGAAGGUGAAGAAGCUCCUGAACAAAGGUUUACUGGUACCAUAGUUGGAGUUGAAGAUGCUGACCCCAACAGAUGGAAAACUUCCAAAUGGAGAUGCCUCAAGGUGAGAUGGGAUGAAACAAGUACUGUACCUCGUCCAGAAAGAGUGUCGCCUUGGAAAAUAGAGCCUGCUCUUGCUCCUCCUGCACUAAAUCCCCUUCCAAUGUCCAGGCCAAAGAGGCCCCGAUCAAACAUGGUGCCCUCAUCUCCCGACUCCUCUGUUCUUACCAGGGAAGGUUCAUCGAGAGUGACUCUAGACCCUUCACCAGCAACUGGGUUUUCAAGGGUCUUGCAAGGUCAAGAAUUCUCGACCUUGAGAGGCAAUUUUGCAGAGAGCAACGAGUGUGACACUGCUGAAAAGUCUGUUGCAUGGCCACCAUCACUAGAUGAUGAAAAGAUUGAUGUGGUGUCUGCUUCAAGACAAUAUGGGUCUGAGAACUGGAUGUCCUCAGGGAGGCAUGAAGCAAUUUACACGGAUUUGCUGUCAGGCUUCGGGGUUAAUGCUGAUGCCUCGCAUGGUAACCGUGCAUCAUUUGAUCAAGCUGCAGCAGCUGUUAAUGUUACAAGAAAACAAUCACUUGAUCAGGAAGGCAAGUUUAACUUGCUUUCUAACCCAUGGUCCUUAAUGCCCUCUGGUCUCUCACUUAACUUGUCAGCCUCUAAUCUGAAGGGACCUGUGCAAGGUAGUGAUGUAGCUUAUCAAGCGCAAGGCAAUGCUAGAUAUGGUAGCAUUACAGAGUAUCCUGUGCUUCAUAGUCAAAGAGUGGAGCACCCACAAGGAAACUGGUUGAUGCCUCCUCCUGCCCCAUGUCAUUUUGAGAAUCCUGCUCAUUCAAGAGAGCUAAUGCCAAAACCCAUGUUGGUACAACAAUAUGAAUCUGUGAAACCCAAAGAUGGGAACUACAAGCUCUUUGGCAUACCCCUCAUCAGUAAUCCUGUUACACCAGAACCAGUAGCACCACGUAGGAGUAUGAUGAAUGAGCCAGCAGGUCAAUUACUUAAUAAUACACAGCAGGUGCAUACUAAUGACUCUGAGCAAAAGUCAGAACAGUCACGGGGCUCAAAAUCAGCAGAUAAUCCACUUCCUCUUAAUGAGAAGCAGAAGUCGGUACAAAUGUGUGAGCAGCAUUCAAGAGAGGUGCAAGGCAAAGCACUAGGCGGUUCAACUAGGAGUUGUACUAAGGUUCACAAGCAGGGAAUUGCACUUGGUCGGUCGGUGGACCUAACUAAAUUUAACAAUUAUGAAGAACUGAUUGCUGAAUUAGACCAGUUGUUUGAAUUUGGUGGUGAAUUGAUGGCUCCCCAAAAGAAUUGGCUGAUUGUAUAUACGGAUGACGAGGGUGAUAUGAUGCUCGUUGGGGAUGAUCCCUGGCAGGAAUUUUGUGGCAUGGUUCGCAAGAUUUUCAUCUACACCAAAGAGGAGGUCCAGAAGAUGAACCCAAGCACCUUAAAUUCAAAGGGUGGGGAGAAUCAAUUGGUUGCUGAAGGUGGGGAUGCAAAAGAAGUGAAAUCUCAGCCGCUUUGAAAAAUGAUAUGGCUGGCUCUCAGAGGUUAUAGGUAAUAAUGUUCCUGGCUUUGGAGGAGAAUGCUGUACAGCCAUUCCAGUUGGGAAAUAUGAACUAAUUGAGAUGGAUGUGUGUCUCACCCACUUUUUAGAUAGCUCGCUCGUUAUGUCUCAGAAAUCAGAUGUAGUAGAAGGCACAUAUGAUAUGAUAUAUAUCCAAUUUUGAACAUGUUGCGGGGUUAGUAUUUUAUGGUGUCCAGUUAUAUAUACAUAAAUAUGUAUACCUUGCAAUUUCAGACCAUCCCCCACCUUGUAUAUAUAGUUGUAUUACUCCUGCCUCCCAGCUUUUACUGUAAGUAGUAGUAGUAAGAACAUACAGCGCCGGAUGUAUUUUGGGUAAAAAUUUAUCUAAUGCUUUCAUUCUGUUGCUUUCUAAA